AUGUCCGCUGAUCCCACGCCACCCGCUCUAAAGGCACUUUCUGCAGCUCCUUCGGCAAAAGAAAAGAAGUACGACAGACAACUACGUCUCUGGGCUGCUAAAGGACAAGAGGCUCUAGAGCAAGCUCAAAUCCUUCUCCUCAAUAACGGUCCUGGUGUUGUUGGCGUCGAAACUCUCAAAAAUCUCAUUCUCCCUGGUGUAGGUAGCUUCACUAUCAUUGACCCGUCGAUAGUCCAAGAAGAGGACCUGGGGGUCAAUUUCUUUCUCGCAGAGGAGAGCUUAGGCAAAUCAAGGGCAAAAGAAUGCGCAAGAUAUCUUAGGGAGCUGAACCCUGAUGCUAAAGGAGAAGGCUUUGAUCGUCCAUUCGACCCUGACUCAGACCUUGUGGGACCUUCCUUGGUUCUUGUCACUGCACCGUCCAAAGAUCUCGAUUUCAUUUCAAGUUGCUGCACUGAUAGAAAUAUACCACUACUUUAUGUACAAUCUCUCGGCUUUUAUUCUCAGUUCUCUAUCCAGCUGCCUACAUCCUUUCCUAUUGUCGAUACCCAUCCAGAUUCCGCUUCUACACAGGAUCUUCGACUCCUAACACCGUGGCCAGAGCUCGCCGAAUAUGCCGAGAAAAAGACCAGUCAGUUAGCAAAAACAUCAGAUCAUGAUCACGGCCACAUCCCUUGGUUGUUGCUCCUGCUGCACUACCUCGAUAAAUGGAGGGAGUCCCACGAUGGAGAACCUCCCAAGAACUACGACGAAAAGAAGGAUUUUAAAACCCUAGUCGAAAGUGGAGCGAGAAGAAAUAAUCCAGAAGGUGGUGAGGAGAACUUUGAAGAGGCAUCCGCGGCAGUGCUUAAGUCACUCAAUCCGCCUAAAAUAUCCAGUGGUCUCCAAGAAGUGCUCAAUGGAGCCCAAGGUCAAGGAAAGACUCGAACCACUGAAUCAGACUUCUGGAUUAUUGCCGAAGCUAUCGGAAUCUUUCAUUCCAAGCAUGACGUUCUUCCAGUACCCGGUGCUAUACCAGACAUGAAAUCCCAAUCCGCAGAUUACAUCGAUCUUCAAAAUAUCUACAAGCGAAAAGCUCGGCAAGACGUCACAGAGGUGACUGGGUUUGUGCGAGAGAUAGAGCGGAAGCUGCAGCGUGUUCAGUGGAUAGAUGAAAAGGAAAUAGAGGCAUUUUGCAAAGGUGCCAAUUUCGUCAAGCUCAUGGAAGGUCGGACACUUCGAUUUUCCGAAUAUAAGCGUUCUCUUAUGGACAAAAAACAAGUACAGUACAACAACGAUUGGACAGUAAGCGCAGGUAAUCUUUCACUUGAGUUCUUAAUGCAAGAAGAAUCUCUGUUACCACUAUAUCUCGCUUUUCUGAUUUACGACCGCCAUCAUUCCGAAUUUGUCCCUAUCGACUAUACCAAAGUAAUGGAGGAGACCAAAGAAGUCAUCUCAAGCGUAGUGGCAGCAGCUGGAGGUAACGAAGCCUCAAUCCUUCGAGCGAAGGCAGAGGAUGCAGUGAAAGAACUUGAGCGUGCCGACGGGGCGGAGUUGCAUAAUAUUUCGGCUUUGACGGGAGGGAUGGUGGCACAGGAGAUUAUUAAGAUAAUUACGAAACAGUAUGUGCCUGUCGAUAACGUAUGUGUUUUUGACGGGAUCACGAGUAAGACCGCUGUGUUCCGCAUAUGA